ACAUUUUGUAAUAUGUUAAAAACUUAUAGUAAAUGGGCUAUUAACAAAUGCCGCACCUAUGUAACGCGACCAUCGCACAUGAACAUCUUCGACAGAAACGCUAAACGUUUACAAAAGGAACGCGCUGCUCUUAGUCCAGAUGUUGAACUGUAUGACUAUUUAAAGGACGAGGUGGGCUUUCGGUUGGCCGACCGCGUUUUUGACAUUAAAAGAGAGUUCAAGACAGCUGCCAACAUUGGUUGUCAUCGUGGCUAUAUCUCCAAGCACAUAUUAGCCGAGUGCGUGCAGCACCUAACGUUGACCGAUUCGAGCGCAAGCAUGUUGGAGCAAGCUCAGGGCACACCAGGCCUACAAAUGCGGAAAGUUGUGUUGGAUGAGGAAGAGCUGGAUUUUGAAGACAAUUCACUGGACCUAGUUAUCUCAAGCUUAAGCCUACACUGGGUCAACGAUUUGCCAGGUUGCUUUGCCAAGAUUAAACAAAGUUUAAAGCCGGACGGUGUUUUUAUUGCCUCACUUUUUGGGGGAGAUACUUUGUUCGAGCUGCGAUCUUCACUACAGCUUGCGGAGUUGGAACGUAAAGGCGGCAUUGCGCCCCAUGUAUCACCAUUCACACAAAUACGCGACAUUGGCUCGCUGUUAAACCGCGCUGGGUUCACUAUGCUGACUAUUGAUACAGAUGAGAUGGUCAUUGGCUAUCCGAGCAUGUUCGAGCUGCUGUGGGAUCUCAAGGGCAUGGCUGAGAACAACGCGGCCUUUAACAGGCCAGCACACAUAAGUCGCGAAACUUUGCUGGCUGCGAGCGCCAUUUAUCAGGAACUAUAUGCUAAACCAAAUGAAAAGGGUGUACCAGCCACAUUUCAAAUAAUCUACUUUGUGGGCUGGAAGCCGGGACCAAAUCAACCUCAACCAUUGGAGCGUGGGACCGGCGAAGUGUCACUAAAGGAUUUGGGAAAGGUUAUUGAGGGUGUUGGCAAAGUAAAAACAGAAAAUUAAGGAACCAUGAUUCCAUAUAUCAACAUGAGGGCUUUAGCUUAACUUGCAAUUUCUGUUUUUAUUUAACUUAUUUAUAAAAUAGAAUCUUCAUUUGAAAGAGACAAAAAUUAAAGUCAUUAAAAAAAAUGGUGUUUGAAAAAUUGGA